AAGGGAUACCAUGCAAUGCCAAAGUACCCAGUUAUUUUACCUCCAGUUCUACCUGUUCUCGAAAUGCGUAUACUUCUCCAAAAUGCAAAUCCGUAUAAAAGAGGAAGCAAAUCUUGUCCAGAGCAUCACAAGUCAAUCUUCUCUCACAAGCCCAACCUAACCCAACUACUCCUCAUCAUGAAAUUGUUUGUCUUCCUCACCGUCUGCAUCGCCAGUACCUGCGCCGCCAGCUAUGGUGGGUACUCCACCCCCGAAAUCAGGGUCACGAGCUAUGACGCCCCCGCCGUCAAGACUGCUUCUUACUCGAGCUACGCCGCCCCAGAGGUCAAAAUGGCGUCGUACUCGACCUAUGCUGCCCCCGAACUGAAGAAGGCGCCCAUUCCCAUCGUCCGAUUCAACUUGAAUGACGACAACUACGGAACUUUCGCGUUCGACCACCUUUCCGGCGAUGGGACCUCGGUCAGCGAGGAAGGUCACCUUAAGAGCCUGCCCGGAGAUUUGGAGGGGCCAGUUUCCGUGAUGAGUGGAGCCUACAGCUUCCUUGGGGAUGACGGUGUCACCUACAAGGUCACGUGGACGGCUGAUGAAAAUGGAUUCCGCGCCGUCGGUGACCACCUCCCCACCCCACCUCCCGUCCCAGUGGAGCUUAUCCGAGCUCACGCCGAGGCUGCUGCUUACCCAUCGUAUGAGGCCCCUUUGAUCAGAAGCAGCUAUUCCGGCUAUGAAGCCCCAAUUGUCAGAUCGUCCUACUCCGCCCCUGCCAUCCGAAUCGUCUCAUCCGGAUAUUAAUCGCUGAUGCCUUACACCUGAACGGAUCUGCUGGUCAGAUCAUCAUUUCCGUAAACGAACGUGAUAUUGUACACCCUGAAAAAUUCUUGUUAAUAAAAAAAAUAAAAAAU